AUGGUCAAGAUCUCACAUGAGGACACACAACGCAUCAAGACGGCGUUCUUGUCGUAUGCGCAGGGUCAAGACAAAGUCACGGAGGCGAUGAUUGACCAGCUCAUCUGCGGCGCCUUCCCUGGUCUCUCGUGGGAGCAGCUGCAGGAGAAGAAAAAGGGCCGUGCGGCAGCGAACGGCUACGACCGCAGUGCCUUCUUUUCUCUUGUCGCGUCUGACGAGCAGUACGUGCGGUUUAUUGCCCAGCACUUCCCAUGCGCGCCAGAGGAAGAGAAACCGCCAGAGAUUGAUGCCCUGGAGCUCAAGACGCAGAAGGGCUUUUAG